AUGGCCAAUUCCACCAUGGUGACUGAGUUUCUCCUCAUGAGCUUUGCUGAUAGUUGGAAGCUACGAUUCCUACACUCCAUGCUGUUCCUUCUGAUGUACUUGGUUACCUUUUUAGGGAACCUUCUCAUUGUCACUGUCACCACAUUUGACCAGAAACUUCACAUGCCCAUGUACUACUUCCUCAGAAAUUUGUCUAUCAUAGAUAUGUGCUAUAUUACUGUCACUGUCCCUAAUGCCUGUGUCAACUCUGUUACUGGUAACAGGACCAUUUCAGUGGCUGCAUGUGCAACUCAGGUAUUCUUGGUCAUUUAUUUUGCCUAUAUGGAGGUGAUGUUCCUCACCAUUAUGGCCCGAGACCGCUAUGUGGCCAUCUGCCAGCCCCUCCACUACCCAGUUAUCAUGAACUACCAAUGCUGUGUUCAAAUGACACUUGCCUCCCUGCUCAGUGGUCUUGUCUAUGCAGGUGUGCAUACAGGAAAAACAUUCCAGCUGACCUUCUGUCAGUCCAAUGUGAUCCAUCAGUUCUUCUGUGAUGUGCCCUCUCUGCUGAGGAUCUCCUGCUCUGACACUUCCAGCAAUUUCCUUUUACUUCUAGUAUCUGUCAUUGUGGUCGGUGGGGGCUGCUUUAUCUUUAUUACUAUGUCAUAUAUUCACAUAUUUUCCACUAUGCUAAAGUUUUCAAUCAGAGAGCAAGGAAAGGCCUUUUCCACCUGUGUCCCUCACAUCCUUAUGGUGUCUGUGUUUCUCAGUUCUAUCAUCUGUGUGUACCUAAGGCCUUCAGCAACUUCUAAAACAGCUAAGGACAUGAUUCUUUCUGCAUUUUAUACCAUAGUUCCUUCAUUCUUAAAUCCUAUCAUCUACAGUCUUAGAAACACACAGGUAAAGGAAGCUGUAAGGAAAGUAAUAUUAGGAAAGUUUUAUCCUGGAAAAUAA